UUAGCAUAAAGCCAACCCGCGCUUCCUCCCUCGUGCCUGGGGUUUUAUUGAUCAACCCAUGGAUGGUGUACUGAGGAGAGCCUGUUUCGACGUCUAGGAUCUCGAGCCGGAAUCGCGGACCUUUGACCUUCCAUCCCCACGGUUUACCCCGGUUGUCCGGGUGGCACUGGACCGAGAUGAGCAGUUUCGGCGAGAUGAGAUUUGAGUUUCUCAGCUACCUCAUCUUGGCCUCUUUUUUAUCUAUGAGUAUUUACGAUCGCUGCUUGCUGCCCUCGGCGUUUCUCGAAAUGGUCCACCGUAACAGAGUCUCAUUGAAUCAUCUCCAUAGAAGAACGUGCGAUCCGAGGCACCCGAGUGGUACGAGAGCCCCGAUAAUCGGAAGACGCAGAUACAUACAUUCCGCGAUUGUACAAAUACGGUCCGUAGCAGCAUUCAUCACGGGGAAUUUUGUUGUGGCGCGAGAUGAGUCACUCUUGUUGAACCAAAUAGAUUGUCUAGUUGGUAACUUAGGGCGUGGUUUGCACUUUACAGUAACUAGGGGAUGGUUGGUUGAGUGCAACGGUGCAACGGUAGUAAGCACGGAGGAAGCCGCGUGUAUCCCCGACAGGCAGUUUCUUCAUAUCAGUGCUGAGUGAGUGAAACCAAUCAAUCAACGUGGAAGAGAAUGGGCGAAGAGAGAAAAAAAGACUCAAAAGGAUCGUCAGCCUCGAUUUAUAAGCAGGCGAGACCUUCUCAAGGGUUUUUAGGCACUUUACCUUUAUUGGUUCAAGUGCCUCCCCCGCUUCUGCUGUGCACCAAUAGCCAUCCACAGAUAGGCUCACCGCCCUCUGCCGCCUUAGGCAGCAACUCGCCCCCCUCCUCAAUCUCCGUCCCUCCG